ACUAACAAACACAAGCACAAGGCAGAAGGAGAGAGGAUUCUCUAGCUGGAGUCUUAGAAUCUAGAAAGAGAUUAUCUCAGAACAGACCGAAUCAUCCACUCUAGAAACAGUUCGAGCUAGAUUCGUGUUGCAUUGUUAGUAAUUUUGCAAGUUCGAGUUAAAAAAUCUGAAACGGUAUUCCACAGUAAAUCACCAGAAAUAAUUCUUGCCUACUUAGACCAUAGUGAACUAAUGUGACACCGCUAUUAAGAACUGGACAUGUCUAAAUGGAGAAUUUCCAAGAAAGUUAUUAAGGUUGGUGCGUGGAUGCAGUAGGAAUGCCUUAUGUGGAUCGGCAGAACCGGACCUGUGGUUUUCUGGACAUUGAGGAUGGAGAGAAUGGGCGAUUCCUACGGAGAUAUUUUAUUCUGGAUACAAAGGCAAAUUACCUUUUGUGGUACAUGGAUAAUCCCCAGAACCUGCCCAGUGGAACAGGAGCAGUUGGAUCUCUGAAACUGACGUAUAUUUCAAAGGUUGGUAGCGCUACUGUGAAGCAGAAACCAAAGGUACCUUUUUGUUUUGUUAUCAAUGCACUAUCGCAGAGACAUUUCCUUCAAGCCAGCGACCAAAAGGAUCUUCAGGAAUGGGUGGAUGCCUUAAACUCAGCAAGUAAAAUUACUGUGCCUAGGCCAGGCUCUGGUCCCGCACCUGAAACUGGCUCGACGACCGUUGAAGAUAAAAAAUCGCAGACAGCAUACAAGACAGAGAUUAUUGCUGGCGUUGUUGUACAGACACCUAUAAUAACCCAGAAUGGAGGCGAGCCUCAAGACACGAGUCAUUGUGAGACCCACACACAUGCGGCACUCAGACGCACUCAGAGUCAGAUCCCUCUGCCUGUGAAUAAAUCUUUACCAACUCGGUCAAUUCUGAAGAGCGGGUUUUGUGUCAAACAGGGAAACAUGAGAAAAAACUGGAAAAGGAGAUAUUUUAUCUUGGAUGCAGUUUCUAUUAGUUAUUGCAAAUGUGAAAAGGAUCCGGUACCUCUGCGUAUUAUAUACCUCAGGGAAAUUUUAAAGACACAUGAAUGUCUUGUAAAGUCUGGGGAUCUGUUGAUGAGAGACAAUUUGUUUGAAAUCAUUACUGGCCCAAGGACAUUUUACAUCCAGGCUGACAGUCCGCAGGAGAUGCACAGCUGGAUAAAGGCAAUUAAUGCAGCGAUUCAAACACUGAGGAUGCGCUACAGGGAGCAGUAUUUUGGUCGCACCAUGUCCUUAAAUCGUGCCUGUAUUCCUCCACCAACUCCCUCGGUCAACUCCAGCAGUCACUCAGAAGGCAAGCGUCCACUUGGAAAGUCUCCUUCUGUGAAGUCUUCUUGGCAGCCCUGGACACCAGUCCCUAAAUGUGAAACGGAGGUGUCAAGGGAGGGUACCACAGAUUUUAAAGAAGCAGGAGUACGAGCAAGACAUGUGUCUGAACCCCAGAGGGCAUUAGAAAAACCAUUUCUCUUCAGUCUAGAUGACAUGAACAUCCGCACUUCAGAUGUUUGAAAAGACUAUUUUUAUAUUUAUAUAUACAGCAGGAAGAGUUCACUGAUGUAUUAAAUACUCGUCAUAUAGGUUUACAUUGAGUUGCUGAAAGUGUUUGUAUAUAGUCACAAUCUUUUCUGAUGUUUGUUAUCAACCUGAUAGUGAACCCAAACUCCUUGUAUCGUUAUUUAAUGCUGCAUUGCUUAGAGGAAGAUUAAUGUUUCAAAAUGAGAAUAUUUCCUUGAAUCAGGAAACAAAACCAUAGAUUUCCCUGCAGCGGUAUUGUUUUGGAGACUUGAGAACCCACUAACAGGUCGUAGUGCCAGGAUUCUAAUCAAAAACUGGGGAAGCAUUGAUAUAUCAAUCUGACACUUCUCAUCCAUGACCACUUACUUAUUGCUUGCCACUAGUUGUUACCCAUCCACACAAAAUGGAAGGAUUGGGAAAUCACUUAUUUGUUUUUAAAUGGUUGUGUUCUCAACUGUAUACAGCAGUUGUCAACUUGCGGUGGUAGACCACAGCGCAUUAUAUAGCGAAUAACGCCCAAUGGAGGGGAGGCCGCCAUUGACUUUUAAUUUUAUUUUGUGUCGAAUUUUUUUGCUUCGUAAGAUAUACAAAAAUAUAAUUUAAAACCAGAUAUUUUAUAUAUACUUUUUAUUUUUAAACAUUAAUAUCCGUUUCAUAGUAAUAGGUUGCCUAUUGCAAUAGCCAGUGUGUUUGACAGCUUAUUGCCAUUAUGCAGUGUUUGUAUGUAAUUAUUUUGUGUUUUUACACCUAAAAUAAUGAUUGCUUUAUUGUCUUUCUAUUAACUGUGAAAUUAGGAUUUCUGUUCCCGAUAUUUAUGUGAAAUGUUAUUACAGAAACUAUUAUAAAUGGCUCUGCAGCUCUGAAUUUUUUAAACAUGA